CUGAGCCACACAGCUUGAGGACUUCGCUCACAACAAGACAACACAUCACAAGACAACACAUUCUCCAGAAGUCGAGUUUAUUUACUUAAGUCAUGACAUUCACAAUUAAAAAACAACAGCAAUUUGAGUACGUUAUGAGUUUUAAUUGAGAGACAUCUGAACACAACCACAGACCACUGGUGGAUGCAACCAAACGGUAAUUAACCUGGUGCGGGACAGUGUUUAUUGUAGAUAUGGACGAGUCCAGUGUCCCCCCUCCCUUGGCCAACCACCAACAUCAGUGUGUGGAGGAUCUCAACAACGUGGAAUGUCUCAGAAGGAAGAUCAAAUAUUACUUCAUGAACCCAUGUGAGAAGUACCACGCUCGUGGCCGAAAACCAUGGAAACUCAUAAUCCAGAUCAUCAAAAUUGCCAUUAUUACUAUCCAGUUAGUGUCUUUUGGCCUGAGCAACCAGAUGGUUGUCACUUUCAAGGAGGAAAAUCUGAUGACAUUCAAGCACCUCUUCUUGAAAGAUUAUGCUGAUGGAGACAUGGAUAUGUAUGCUGUUUACAGACAGGCUGAUGUUUAUGAUCACAUCGACUACAUCAUUGAACAGUAUGGAGUUCUGCACAACAUCACAGUAGGCAAUCAUGAAUAUGGGAAAAACGGCACUAUCUACACCCCACUCUUACUAUGUCAGGAGUUCUACAGAAACAGUACCAUCUUCCCUGGAAAUGACACCUUUGAAAUAGAUGCGCAAGUGGAAACUGAGUGCCUCAAAGUUUAUCCGAUGUAUCGCUCAUCAUUGCGGAACGCACAUUUUAAAUUGCAUUUCAAAAGGAUGUUGUCUGUCAAGAUCACAUUUGUUCUCAAGGCCAUAAAUUUACAGACCAUGAGACAUCGAGAGCUGCCAGACUGCUACAACUUUGCUGUUAUUAUCACUUUUAAUAACCAUGCUCACAGUGGCAGGAUAAAGGUUGACCUGGAAAAUGAUGUAGACAUCAAUGAAUGCAGAGACUGGAAAGUAACUGGAGCGUCUGCUAGAAACAUACACCUGACUGUGCUCUUUGACUGCUUCAUCAUUAUAAUCUGCAUCACCUCCCUCACCCUCUGCACACGCUCAGUGAUCAAUGGGAUUCGGCUGCAAUUUGAUUACACACUCUACUGCAGGAACCACUGCAGUAAAGAAGUCCCCUGGUCAGACAAGUUUGAGUUUGUGAAUGGUUGGUAUAUCCUCAUCAUUGUUAAUGACAUACUGACCAUCGUUGGCUCCAUUCUCAAGAUAGAGAUCCAGACUAAGGUACUCACAAGUUAUAACGUCUGCAGCAUCUUCCUUGGGACAGGCACCAUGUUUGUCUGGAUUGGGGUCAUCCGCUACCUGGGCUAUUUCAGAAAGUAUAAUAUUCUCAUCCUGACACUCAGGGCAGCUUUCCCAAAUGUUAUCCGUUUCAUCUGCUGUGCUGGAAUCAUCUACCUGAGUUACUGUUUGUGCGGCUGGAUCGUCCUUGGCCCGUAUCACGAGAAGUUUCGGUCCUUGAACACAGUGUCAGAGUGCCUGUUCUCCCUGAUCAACGGAGACGACAUGUUUACCACCUUUAAGAACAUGGCACAGAAGAGCAGCCUAGUGUGGAUUUUCAGCAGAGUGUACCUGUACUCCUUUGUCUCGCUGUUCAUCUACAUGAUCCUCAGCCUUUUUAUCACAAUCAUCACCGACACCUAUGACACCAUCAAGCAGCAGCAGCAGCAGAGUGGAACUCCAACCUCAGAGCUGCAAAAGUUCUUAUCAUUGUGUAAAGAUCUGCCAAACUCUGGGUUGUACAGACUCGACGAGCACAACAGCUGCUUUGCCUGGUGCAGGGAGCAUCAAGGGAGGCAGACUUCAGAGGCAUAGCAGGCCUUUAUUUGGAGAUUUUGAAAGGCUAUACUGUAUUAUAGCCUAACAAUAAUAUACACCUUAUAUGAUUAAAUUCAAUGGGAGGUUUUCUUUAACAUUAGGCCUCAGGUGAUUCACUUCUGAAAUUUUACCUUUUGUUAAAAGGUACAAUGUGUAAGAAUUGAAGAGAUUUAAGAGUUUAAAAACUUCAUCAGCAGAAUGUGAUAAAACAACACCCCAUUUAUACCUGGUAUUAAAAUGUGAUCUGUAUCCGGAUACAUUAUCUGGAUGAUUAAAUGAUCCAAUCUUGCCUUUGUGUUUAUGCCGGGUAUUUUUAGUGCAUUCUUGUUAUCCUCCUCAGAUCUCAGUCCUCAGCAAACCCUGUGCCUGAAUAAUUUGAGUUGCAACAAAUCCACUCUAGUUUUAAAGAAAAUCAUGUACUUUUGUGAGUUAUUGAACUUUGUGACGACAAAUUCUUAAUAUAGGUCCCCUUUUGUAAAUCCGGCAUAUAAUUAAUAAUUUAGCUGACGCUGUUAUUCAAAGUGACUUACAAUUGCUAUAUAUGUCAGAGGUCACACGCAUCUGGAGCUCAUAGGGGUUAAGUGUCUUGCUCAGGGACACAUUAGUGGAUGUCAUGGUAGUAAUCGAAACCAGGUCUCCCAUACCAGGCCUGUGUCAAAUCCACUGCUCCAUUGCCACCCCCACAUUUUAAUUUUUUAAGCAGUUCUGUUGAAUAAUGCAUCUUUUAAUGCUUUGGCACAGAAUAGACACAUAUUCAGACAUUUGAGGCACAACUCUUUCAGCCUUCUAGCUGUGUUGUUUUAUGUUAGCUAAAAACAUAUCUAUAAUGUAAUGCUGUGUAUAGAUGUCAGCAAAUUGUACGGAUUGUGUUUACACCUCCGAACACAAUGAGAGCCAGACUACCUCCAGAUGAGGUCAGGCAGAUCCGAUAACGAGACAUUUAGACCUGUUUAUACUUUUCCAGAGAACAUGUCUGAAUAACACAACCAUACACUUUCUGAAAUCAGGUUUCUCUUUCACCGAACAAAUUGCUUUGUCAACUCGUCUUAAAACACUUCAUUCAAACUGCACAAACUCACCAAAACUGUUGUUAGUCUUUCCACUGUUUCAGCUCCACACACACACACACACACACACACUAUUCUGGCUCUACACACUAUUGCCACCUACCCAAUGCCCGACUGCCCUUUCGUUCCCCUACCGCUUGAUGCCUCCUGUGCCCACCUGAACCCGCCGUGCCUUCGUCAGAGCCCUGGUUGGAGCUGUUGUAACCACCUCGGUACUGUAUUCACCGUCUAGCCUCGUUUCAGAGGCUGUGUUCAGUCCCGGUUCACAGGUAGGCUGCUUAGCCUGACUCUGGUGCCCAUUCAGGACUGUUUUUGAUAUGUAAUAUGCUGCCCCCUGUAUGUUUGGAGUAUGAAUUUGAUAGGGGAGUGUUGUUUCAAUUCUUAUACAUUGCUCCUUUAAGGUUAGAAAUUAAGGUACUAAAACAUUGUCAAGUCUGGUCUCAAUAUGAUGCACUGAUGUUUUUCUAAUGCAUGUCACUUGGAAGGACCCCCAUGUUGUACACUGAAGACAAUGAAUCAAGGUUAAAUAAAUAAGCUCUAAUGUAAA